CCGAUUUAUGAGCAACUCACUAUUGAAAACUGAUCUGGAGACUGAAUAUAACCGCCAGCGCGGACUCAGACCGUAGCAGAAAGCAGUCGCGGAGCAGGGCAGAAGUCGCUUCGACGUUGUUCGUGGCCUAGAGAUGCCGCCGCAAAUAAAGCAAGACCUGAACCGAUCAGGAUGGGAGACGACGGAUAUGCCAAGCGUCUGCGAGCGCUGCCUCCCGGACAACCCAUAUGUACAGAUGCUGAAGGAGGACUACGGUGCCGAAUGCAAGCUCUGCACGCGACCAUUCACCAUCUUCAAAUGGAAAGCCGACCGUACAUCGCGACAAAAGCGCACCGGUAUCUGUUUGACAUGUGCGCGGCUGAAGAACUGCUGCCAGUGCUGCAUGCUCGAUCUGAGCUUCGGUCUACCUAUCACCAUCCGAGACGCGGCGCUGAAGAUGGUGGCCCCGGGGCCGCAAAGCGAGAUCAACCGCGAGUACUUUGCGCAGAACAACGAGCGGGAGAUCGAGGAAGGGAGAGGGUUGGAAGGGUAUAACAAGACGGAUGAGAAGGCGAGGGAUCUGCUGCGGAGGCUAGCGAGCAGCGAACCGUACUACAAGAAGCAAAGGCGAUUAGAAGCGGAAGGCGCUGAGGACGGACAGAAACUCCUCGAAGGCGGCAGCAGCACAGAAGGCGGCCACACCCGUGGCCCAAUACGGACAGCAGACAACAAGCGCUCCGCCUACGGUUCAUCCUACGGACCUCGAACUAGCACACCAACGUCACGAACGGGCAAACCCGGCGCAAGACCGGGCAAAUCCUUCCCAUCCGCCGCAGCGCUCCCACCUCAACCACGGGACAUCCUCCCGCCGUCCGAUCACAACAUCACCUCCCUCUUCAUCACUGGCGUCGAGGACGAUCUCCCCGAACACGAAUUGCGUACUCACUUCUCGCAAUUCGGCGCCUUACGAAGCGUUGUUUGCUCGCACCGCUCUCACUGCGCGUUUAUGAACUACAUGGAUCGUGCCGGCGCUGAGGCCGCAGCGGCGGCCUGUCAGGGUCGGGCAGUGGUGAAGGGUGUGCCGUUGCGGGUGCAAUGGGGUAGGCCGAAGCCGUUGGAUAAUAUGGACAGGGAUGUCAGGAUGGAGAAUGCGAGGGCAGGGAGGAGGGUCGAGGCGGCUGUGAAGGCCGUCACGGGAGCAGCUGGAGGCAGGAAGGCGAUUGGUGCGGGGCCGGAGAAUGUGGAGGUGCUGGGAGAUGUUGCGCCGCCGCCUGGGCAAGGCGAGGUGGAGUACGCUGCCAUGGCUGGCGAAUGAAACUUGGGGACGUCGACAGGUACUUUGAUGAUGUUAUGUUGCGUACGGUUAGCGAGGCGUCCUGCUGGGCAUGUAUGUGAUUACAUUCUGGAGCGCUGACAGACUGUCUUCUGGAUGAGGGAAGACAAGUCUCAUGCUUCACCACACUCAGAAUUCCACAGACAACCUUCAGCUAGUGCCAACAACAGUGUCUCGCAGACUCGAUCCGCGAACGGGUCCCACGUUGCUCAGGAAGGCACGAUUGGUUGUGCCGUUCACCCCAGCACUGCGCGUGGUACAUAUGAUUAUGAG